UGCGGGCAGAGGAUGUUCAAGACGGCCAUGUCGGCCCUUGAAAAGAUGCACACGGCGAUGAGGUACAGCCAGCAACAGCAGAAUCAGCAGUACUAUUACCAACAGCAGCAGCAGCAGAUGUCGCCGGUGGCGGAAUCGGCGGGAAACCAGCUGCAGCACAUGAUCUCCGAACGCAAGCGUCGGGAGAAGCUCAACGACAGCUUUCAAGCCCUCAGGACCGUCCUCCCUCCCGGGUCCAAGAAGGACAAGACGUCGAUACUGAUCAUUGCGAGGGAGUACCUGAACUCUCUCAAGUCCAAGGUCUCCGACCUCGAGGAGAAGAACCGAGCACUCGAGGCGCAGCUGGCCCAGCGCGCCACCAGCGACCCCAGCGCCGAGGAAGACAAGGCCGAGUCCGGUGAGCAUGUCGACAUCCAGAUAACGCUGGCGGACGGCGAUCAGAGCGGGGAGAUUUGCACCGUGAAGAUCGGGAUGAGGCCGGCGCACAGCAACACGACGGACACAGUGCUCAGGAUGCUGCAGUGUCUGAAAGAGCAGAUAGGGGAAGACGUCAGCCUGGUGUCUAUCAGAACCGACGACGGGCCUCAUCGAGCAAGCCUGACAUUGCACCUCUAGGUACAGUACAAUUUAGUUCUUAACCAGUCAGCCUAUCAUUACA